UGCUCCUGCUGCGAGUCCUGCACCGUCUUCGCUCUUUAUCAGAGCAGACAGCCUUUGAUGCGGCGACCUAUGCAUACAUCUUUCCUCUGAUCCGCCAGGUCCUCGCUGUCGGCGGAAUUGACGCGGAGGAAGAAGAUGAGACGCUGGAGCAGCUCAUGCUUUCGCUGGAUAUCAUCAAGUUCCACUCUGCUGAAUACCUCGAUUCGACGUUCCCCCGGAAGGAGACACUGGAGAUCCUCCUGCGCACGAUCCGAUUGGUGCCAAAGCUGAGGCAAGACGCGUCGUCGGCACUGAUCGACACGGCCAACUCCAGCACCGCACGUGCAGAAAUUGCGGUGCUGAUCACAGGACUGUUGCUUCCGGAGGUGUACUCGCGGAAUGCGUGCUUACUCGCGCUGCAGCCUCUGGACUUGACGGAGCUCGACUGGAGCGUCGAGCUGUGGAUCGCCUGCCACGACGAAGACGAACAGAAUGCAAGGCUCGCGAGACACGUCUGGGACGACAACGGACUGGACGUGCCAGAAUCGGCAUUCCUAGCGGAGCUACUGCCUUUCCUGAGCCACGAGACGGCGUACGUCCGGAACGCGGCGGCAUCGGCGAUUGCUGAGUCGGUGGAGCUGUACCCGCAGGCCAUGGAGGCGACGUUGGCGGGGAUCCAGGCGUACUACCGAGAGAAGGCGCGCUUGCUGGCACCCGAGUUUGACCAGUACGGAAUGGUCAUCGCAGACACACUCGACCGCGCGGAUCCGUGGCCGGCCCGGGUCGCGAUAUCGAAGACGUUCGAGCUGCUUUCACCGCAGUUGCCAGAAGACCGCGUCACCUCGUUCUUCGAGUUCCUGAUCGACGACGAGGCACUCGGAGACCGAUCGGCGCUGGUCAGAAAGGGCAUGCUCGCGGCGGGGACCAGUGUGAUUGAUCUGCACGGUGCAGCGCGCCUCGCGUCUCUGAUCGAGAUGUUCGAGUCGCACCUCGGGAAGCCGAGUCCUGCCACAGAGACCGGGGACCAGAUCAAAGAGGCCGUGGUAAUCUUGUUUGGACGUGUUGCGCGGCAUCUGGACUCCACGGAUCCUCGCGUGCCGUCGAUCGUCGCCCGGCUCGUCGAAGCGCUCAAGACACCCUCCGAGCCGGUGCAGAUGGCGGUGUCCGAAUGCUUGUCGCCGCUUGUGCAGAUCAUGGGCGAUCCGAAGCAGCUGGUCGACGAGCUCUUCGAGCAGCUCGUGAGCUCCCCGAAAUACGCAGUGCGGCGCGGCGCGGCCUAUGGCCUGGCAGGCGUCUUGAACGGCACGGGCAUCGUGGGGAUGAAGAAGUUCGAUGUGAUCCCGCGCCUGAAGAACGCGGCAGAAGACAAGAAACACUUUGAGCCGAGGCAGGGGACGAUGUUCGCUUUCGAGACGCUCUCGACGACCCUGGGACGUCUUUUCGAGCCGUAUAUCACAUACGUCCUGCCGCUGCUGCUGACGUCAUUCGGCGACGGCACAGCCGAUGUCCGCGAGGCCACCCAAGAUGCGGCGAGAGUGAUCAUGGCCAACAUGUCAGGAUAUGGUGUCAAGCUGAUUCUGCCCUCGCUCCUGUCGGGGCUCGAUGAGAAACAGUGGCGUACGAAGAAAGGAAGUAUCGAGCUGCUUGGGAUGAUGGCGUAUUGCUCCCCGCGACAGCUCUCGCUCUCUCUCCCCAUCGUGAUCCCGCGUCUGACGGACGUGCUGACCGACUCGCAUGCGCAGGUCAGAGCUGCGGCAAACAAGAGUCUGAAGCAGUUCGGUGAGGUAAUCGAGAACCCGGAGAUCCAGAACUUGGUCCGGUGCUCUUGAAGGCCUUGGUGGAUCCAGGCAAGACCGCUGCUGCCCUCAGCUCGUUGCUCAAGACGUCGUUCAUGCACUACAUCGACCAUUCUUCGCUCGCCUUGGUUGUGCCGAUUCUGGAGAGAGGCCUCCGAGAACGAGGGGCGGAUAUCAAGAAGAAGGCGGCCCAAAUUGUCGGCAACUUGGCAUCUUUGACGGACUCGAAAGAUUUCGUCCCGUACCUGAACAAGCUGCUCCCAAUGGUGCAUCAGGUUCUCGUCGAUCCCGUGCCCGAGGCACGUGCGACCGCAGCCAAGGCACUGGGGACGUUGGUCGAGCGACUCGGCGAGGGCCAUUUCCCGGAUCUCGUGCCUGGAUUGCUGCGGACGCUCAAGACGGAUACAUCCGGUGUCGACCGACAGGGUGCUGCCCAGGGUCUGAGCGAGGUGCUCUCGGGGCUGGGCAUGGAGCGCCUCGAGGGUCUGCUCCCCGACAUCAUUGCCAACGCGCAGUCACCGCGAGCGACUGUGCGCGAAGGAUUCAUGUCGCUGCUGGUGUACUUGCCUGCGACGUUCGGGACCCGCUUCCAGCCGCACCUGCCGAAGAUCAUCGCCCCGAUUCUGAGCGGGCUGGCUGAUGUCGAAGAAUACGUCCGCGAGGCCGCGAUGCGCGCCGGACGCAUGGUUGUCACCAAUUACUCGACGCGGGCCAUUGACCUGCUGCUGCCGGAGCUGGAGCACGGCAUGUUCGACCCGGGCUGGCGCAUCCGACAGUCGUCGAUCACGCUUGUCGGCGAGCUGUUGUUCAAAGUUUCAGGGAUCUCGGGCAAGCCGUCUGACCUGGACGACGAGACCGAGGAAGAUGCGGCCGGGGCGACAGCUGAAACGUCCAAGAAGGCUCUGGUCGAAGUGCUUGGCAUGGAGAGACGAGAUCGGAUCCUGGCUGCGCUGUACUUGGUCAGGCAGGAUGGCGUGGUCGUUGUGCGCCAGGCCUCGAUCCAGAUCUGGAAGGCCCUUGUCAACAACACGCCAAGAACUGUCCGAGAGAUUCUACCAGAGCUGAUUCGCCAAACUCUUGUGCUUAUCUCGAGCGAUGAGCCCGAGCAGCAAGAAACCGCCGAGAGAACAGUCGGUGAACUGUGCCGCAAGUUCGGCGAGCGCAUGCUGACGGAAAUGAUGUCGAUUCUGAAAACCAGUUCGACGUCCCUGGACGCGAGGACGCGUGAAUCGGUCUGUCUCAUGGCAAGCGAGAUCCUCGAAAACUCGACCGACGCACAAAGAGAUGGACACGAAGACGCGCUCAUUGCCAUCGUGCGCGACUCGCUGGUCGACGACGAGGCCAACGUUCGGUCUGCGGCAGCGCGCGCAUUCGACAUGCUGCAGGAGCAUCUCGGUGCAAAAGCGAUCGACCAGACGAUUCCCACGCUGCUGGAUGCGCUGCGGCAGCCGGGCCGGGCGUCCGGGACUGCACUGAGUGCGCUGAGGGAGGUGAUGAGCGUGCGGGCGACGACGGUGUUCCCGGUGCUGAUUCCCACGCUCACGAGUCUGCCGAUGACGCUGUUCAACGUCAGGGCCGUCGAGGCCCUGGUGGCUGUGGCCGGCCCCGCGCUCAGCAGGCGACUGGGAGUGAUCACUGGUGCCUUGGUAGCCACGAUGGAAACAGACCCCGACCUCGCCGAGGCCGUCGAUGACGCAUUCAAGGCCAUCUUCUCGUCGAUCAACGAUUCGGAGGCCUUGAACACCCUGAUGAUGAUCUUGCUGGGCUGGACCAAAAACGAGAAGCCGCGCCGGCGAGUGAGUGGCUGUGUGCUCUUCGGACUGUUCUGCCAGGAGUCGCAAAUCGAUUCUUCGCUCUACCGAGUCGACUGGGUGCGUCAGCUGGUCUCGCUCCUCGAGGACUCCCAAGUCGAGGUCCAUACUGCUGCAUGGACCGCAUUCGACAUCUUUGUCAAGUCGCUUCCCAAGGACGAGCUCGAGCCGCUGGUCGUGCCUCUCCGGAGAACCAUCGAGGGCACAGGGGUCCCCGGGCACCACGUGGCCGGCUUCAGUCUCCCCAAAGGCGUCGCACCGACUGUUCCGAUCAUAAUUGCCGGGCUCACCACCGGCAACAACGAGCAGCGCGAAAACGCAGCCUAUGCGAUUGGGGAUCUCGUGGACCGAACGGAGGAGGCGGCGAUCAAGCCGUAUGUUGUUCCAUUCACUGGUCCGCUGAUCCGUGUGGCCACCCAAGCAACGGCGUAUCCGCCUGGCGUCAAGACGGCCAUUUUGACUGCACUGAUGGCCAUGCUGGAGCGGAUUCCGAUCUUCGUCAAGCCGUUCUUCCCUCAAUUGCAGAGGACGUUCGUCAAAAGUGCGAGUGAUCCGUCUAGCGGAGUCGUGCGAAAUAAAGCGGCGAUGGCUCUCGGUGUUCUGAUGCGCAAUCAGCCCCGAGUUGAUCCGGUCAUCACUGAACUCUUAACUGGUGUGCGCACGAGCGACGAUCAGAUCGGCGCCAGUCUCGUGCUGGCCCUGGCGAGUGUCGUGAAGAAUGGCGGGCAGAAUGUCGGAGAAAAGGCAAAAGAGGCCUGCAUCGAGCUGCUUAUGGAGCAAUUCAGGGAGCCGCAUGAGGACACGUACGCUCAAGCCGUGGGCGAGCUGCUCUGUGCGCUCAGCACUGAGCCCGACCUGAUCCGCCCUGUUGUCGAGUCAUAUCUCGUCGGAGGCACCCCGGCGACCAUCAUGUCCUCCUAUACCAUCCUCGCACUGCUCAGCGCAGAGGACGCCGAAGAAAAUGUCUUCCAGACGCUCGGACUUCUCAAAAGCGUAGCCCAAAAGGUCCAGGAGAGUGCGGCCAGUGAUCGCAUAUUCGUAGCCCGUCCAGCAAGGGAGGCCCGCGAUCUAUUGAAGGCCCUAGAGGAAGACUAGUUACGUAGCUGUAUGCAGAUGUAAUCUAAUCUGAUCGGCAUAGCCACAUCGAAUUGAUUUUGCUUGAAGUUGUUGUCACCCUCACCCGCAAUCAUGUAUCGUGCCUUCCGCCGCAACCCGAGCGCGUUGCGGCGCGGUCUCUUCACACAAGCCUCUCCACAACCGCCCCCCUCGCCACUCGCGCCGCUGAAAACCGCCCUCGUCGGCACCGCCGUUGUGCUCUCCACCGGCCUCCUCGCCGUAUAUUACUUCGAUGCGCGCUCUGCGGUCCACCGAUACGUCCUCACCCCGGCUCUACGGAACCUCUUGGAUGCGGAGACGGGACAUCGGUUGGCCGUGAGCGUGCUCAAGUCGGGACUCGCCCCGCGGGACCCCCUCAGUGAUGAUACGCUGUUGAAAGCCGAGAUGUGGGGUACGGAGGUAUCGAACCCUGUGGGGCUGGCAGCAGGGUUCGACAAGCACGGCGAAGCUAUUGAUGGUUUGUGUCCCAUCCGCGCCUGCAUUCCGAAGUAAACGGUCAAUGUGCAGGGUUGUUCAACCUCGGCUUCAGUUGGGUAGAGAUUGGCAGCGUAACGCCAAAGCCUCAGGCUGGAAAUCCACAGCCCCGAGUCUUCCACCUCCCCGAAGAUGAAGGGCUCAUCAACCGCUAUGGGUUCCCGUCCGAUGGCCACGCUUCCGUCAUCUCACGCCUGCGCGCCAGAAUACCGCGCUUCUCGCCGGAAUCCGAUAACGCAGCAUACAGGCCUGAGUCCCUACUCGCAGUGAACUUGGGCAAGAACAAGGAGAGCGAGGUGGAUUCGAUUGAGGAUUUUGUGGCUGGCGUGCGGGCAUUUGGCCCUUACUCGGAUGUCCUGGUCGUCAACGUGUCGAGUCCAAAUACACCCGGUCUCAGAGGGCUGCAAAACAGAGAACAGCUGGAGUCGCUCCUUGAUGGAGUGACGAAGGCGCGGGCUGAGCUGGCGGGUGGCCGGAAACCCAAGCUGAUGCUCAAGAUUGCGCCGGACCUCACGGAAAGCCAGCUGGUCGAGAUGGCGGGUGUAAUUGCAGGGACCGACGUUGAUGGCGUGAUUGUAAGCAACACGACGAUACAGAGACCGGUGCAUCUAUUGAGUGAAAACAAAACCGAGAUGGGUGGACUGUCAGGGACGCCGCUGAAGCCACUCUCGAUCGCUGCGUUGAAGACAUUGCGGUCUCAUCUCCCCGCGUCCAUUCCCUUAAUCGGCUGCGGCGGUAUCUCGUCUGGCCAGGACGCGCUAGAAUACGCUCGAGCGGGUGCGGCGUUGGUCCAAGUCUACACCGGGUUUGGAUACGAUGGGGUAGGUGCGUGCAGACGUAUCAAAGAUGAGCUGGCGGACGAGUUGAGGAAGGAGGGGAAAUCAUGGAGGGAGGUUGUAGACCUCGCCGUGGCGGAGAGGAGUCUGAAACCAGCGCUCGAAGAGAAGACGGUGGAAGCGGUGCCUCCGGCUAAGGAGGCUGAUUCGAGUCAGCUCUCACAGCUGAUUGCAGAGGCCGAGGAAUUGAGACAUCUGGUUGACCAAUACGCUGAAGCUCGGGAGGCAUAGCUGUAUGAGGCUUGGUAUGAGGUUGUAUUGCCGGUCAAAUUAAGUACCAAUUUAGAUCGUGGUCGAUGGUAACCGUACAACAAACUAAACCAAACCUGGCGAGCGGGGUUUCUCUGAAGCUUCCAUGAGCCCGGGUCUCUCAGUUCUAGACCCAGUGCUUCGUCGUUUUCCGCCUCAUCCCUGCCGUUCUUGUCGCUAAUCUCCAUGGCUAAUGCUGCCAGGUUCUUGGGUGCUCAGAUCCCCAGGACGUCGGGGCAGCCUCAACUCAAGACACCCGCACUAGAGGGCCACUCAGAGCCCAACUUUCGUUACACGCACUCGGGGUCCACGACAAGGAUACAUGAUUUGAAGACGGGAGAGGAGCUGAUUAGACAUGCGGAUCUGUGGUUCAAGGACGGGAGUGUUAUCUGCCAAGCAGACCGGACUUUGUUCCGGGUUCAUAUCUCGCAGCUGUCGCGCCACAGUGUGCUCUUUGCUGAUAUAUUCACGUUGCCACAACCCCGACGGUCAUCUGCGUCUUACUACUCCGACCCUGAUGGUUCCGACAUGCCCGAUAUGGACUCGGCAACACGCACGCUGAUCCACGAGUGCGAGAACUGUCCUGUGGUGAUACUGCAGGACAGGACAGAGGACGUGGCGAACUUCCUCGUGGCUCUCUAUGACGGCCCGGAUUUCGGGAACAACAAUCGGGAGGACUUUGAUGUUGUUUGUGGGAUUCUGAGGUUAUCGACCAAGUAUAUCGUCGAUGCGCUGCGUGCGAAAGCGAUUGCGCAUCUGAGUAUCGGCUGGCCUUCGACUCUGAAAGGCUGGGACGCAAGAGAAGAUGCUGCCCGCAUGUUUGAGAUGGAGACAGCUACCAGCAGCGGACAGUUCUAUCCUUCUCCCAUCGCCGUGAUCAACCUGGCGCGGGAGGUUGAUUGUCCGAGUCUCCUUCCGGCCGCUUUCUACGAUCUCUCGCGUCACUCGUAUGCGCAGAUAUUCGAAGCUGCGGACGACGACCCGUUCUUUCAGUCGCCCUCGCUCGCGGUUUCGGACAUGCAGCGUCUGGCGCUGGGCAAAGAGGCUGCCCAACACAACGUGACUGCCCUGAUCCAGUCGAUGAGCCACGCUCAGACGUAUAUCAGGCACUCGCAAAUGCAGACGCACUUCCGCAAGUCGUCAUCCGGAGGUGUUUGCAUCUCGGCGGCUGCUUGCCGCAAGGACUUCUCAGAGCUCGUUGAUCUUGCGACUCAGCACUAUCUGUUUGAUCGCGAACGCGGCCACUGUGAUCCGCUCUACGUGUCGGAAGAACUAGGCCAGCUGAAGAGCGCCGAGUUCUCCGAGUGUAAAGCCUGCGCAAGGUCGCUCGAGCUGUGGGCUGCCCGAGAGCGUGAGAAACUAUGGAAAAUGAUCCCGCUGUGGUUCAGGCUCGAGCAGCCGACUGCCUGAUCUCCCACUCUUACUACUGAUACUAUGCUGGCCGGUAUUUCAUGUAUGUAUCCUCACGAUAUUCCCUGCAUCUGUAUUCCCAUUAGAUCUGUACUACUUGAUACAUUGUUUACUGAUAAAAACACAAAAAAGUCCGUCAUCAUCCUGAGCCAGUCAGCCCACCGGAAACGCCCGAGGCCAGCAUACGGGCUUUCGCGUCGUCAGCGGCAUCGCAGGCAACAGUCGUGCCGGGAAGAUUGGAGAGUGGAAGUGCAGCACAGAUCAUGCCGGUGCCACACGGGGUCAGGACGUAUGCACCAGAAACGCAAUAGGCAAACGCGUUUCCGAUGCAGGCCUGCUCGUCGCCAGAACAGGUAGAAUUGGCAGUGAGAUCCUUGAAUGCUGCGUUCUGCGCUUGGGCCUCCUGGCCGUUGAUCUUCAAGAACGCGGGUGGCACCGCAGAGGAGGAGCUCGAAGAGGUGGAGUUGGAGCUCGAGGUGCUGUUCGUCGAAGUACUGCCCGAGGCAGAGCCAUCGAUCCCACCGGAAACACCGGUCGCGGCAAUACGGGCCGUAGCAUCGCUGACUGUGUCGCACGCUAUGGACGUCCCAGGGGCGUUGACCAGUGGAAGCGCUGCACAGGUCUUUCCCGUCCCACAUGACUGGAGAACGAACGCGCCAUUGGUGCAUUGAGCAAAGGACCCGCCCACGCAAGCUUGCUCUCCCUCGGUGCAGGAAGAGUUUGCCGUGAGCGAUGUGAAUUUGGCAUUCAGCUUCUGAGCGUCGAGCCCAUUCUGGAGGUGGAAGUCCGAUGAUGUGGCGGUAGGAGACGAUGUCGAUGAGGCAGUCGUUGAUACAAUGGUGCCGCUGGAUGUGGUGGUGCUCGUCGGGCUGGCAACAGUGGAAUUUGUCACUGAGCUCGCGGACCCAUCGAUCCCGCCGCUUGCUCCCGAUGCAGCGAUCCGCGCAGCGGCGUCGCUCAGGGAGUCACAUGAUACGCUGGUGCCGGCAGAGUUGAGGAGAGGGAGCACAACACACGUCGUUCCUGCACCACAUGGAGUCACCACAAAAGCACCGUUCGCGCACUGCGCAAAGGAACCGUUGAGGCAGGCUUGUUGUCCAUCAGUGCAGUUGGAGGUCGAGGUCAAGCUCUUGAACUGCGCAUUGAGCUUCUGCGCGUCGAUCCCGUUCUGGAGUUGGACGGCUUUCGAGGCGGCUCGGGCGACGGGGGCUCCGUGAACAUGUGCGAGCGUGAGGGUGAGCGUAAUGAGGGUCGUCAACAUCAUUUCUGGGUCGUUAGAAAGAGUGUUCUGCCGCUACCUGGCGGAAAGGAGGUCAAAAAGAGUAGAGGCAGUAGCGGCCAUCGUUCCCGUUUUAUAUGCGACGCUGGUCCCAUUGUGAGCAUUAAGAACAAUGAGGAAAAGAACCCGAUUGUUCCUCUUUGGGACUGUAGUCACGUGGACGCAUUGUCGGAAAGCUUCGACGGUGCGGCAUUGUAAACAAUGAUUUGCCCUUGGCCGGUGGCUUCACGCGAUCUAUUCCCAUGAAAUGGUCGUGCAGUGAUAUAAUUAAGUACUUCAAGUAGAAUCUCUGUUCUUUGCCCUCUGUUGCUGCCACGCCUGUACUUGUUCGGAAACCAAAUCCUGUCGACGAUGUCUCUGCUCUGCUGCACUUCUGAUCCUCUUUGCCCGAGUUGGUUUGACGUCCCUUGUCCAGUAUGUGGAGCGGUGUUGCUUCUUGGGCAUAUGCUGCAUCAAGAGGGAGUUCUGCCGCGUCACAAUCUCCAUGUCCUUGGUCACUUGGAUCAUCAGUUUCUCCUCCAAUUCCGCCUCGCGCUGUUCCCUUCGCUCCGCAGUCAUAUCCUCCAUUCGGAGAGGGUAGUAGAACGGCUCGACAAGUCCGACGAUGGCUCGCUUGUAUGUCGAUAGAGAGGGGUUCUUGUCGGGGCUGGACAGUCGGUUAGGACGUCGCGAUAACUCGGCGUAGUAGUUGUCAGUGCGGAUGUAGGUCGUCUGGACGCCAUAUACAGCCAUGAGGUAGCUUCGGACAUCCGUCUUCGUAAGGUUCUUGGGGAUACGGAAUGUGGCCUGCCAUGGAUUGUAUGGCUCGCCGGGAGCGGUGUAGUUGCGCACAAGCCGGAAUACGAUAUUGGGUAGAUACACUUUCUGUCCCUCCACUUUGACCGUGUAAGGCUUGCCCUUGUGGUAGGCAACCGUCAUGCCACGGAUGCGAGGGAUGGGUAUGCUCUUCGUCCGCUCUUCGUCACGUUUCAGGAAGGUAUCCAAGCCCAGCCUCCGGACAGGCUUUUUGUCGGUCGAGGGUGUUCUCCCCGUUUCCUGUGCAUAACGCUGCGCACGUCGGAGUCGGACGGCAAGCGGUCGUGAUCGUGCCAGGGACAAGGACGCCUGCUUUUUGUACAGCGGAUUGUGGAUAUGGGGUCGCGUUAAAGUUCCAUGAGAGGUCUGCUUGGACGACGAAUUGGACGCAGCAGAAGCAGCAGCACUGGGCGACGUGGGCAGCUUCGCAGACGCGGAAAGGCGCGCUGCUGUAGCUCGGAGCAUUGGGGGAGGAAGCAAAAAUUCGGCC